AUGGAGAACUCCAGCCUGUUGGGCGGCGACGCACAGAGCGCUGGGUUGGUAGACUUUUUGUUUUCGGAAGAUUCUCUGCCGGACACUGCCAUGGCUGGACUAGGGGCCAGUGGUGCCUUCUUACUUGAGGGCAGCGCAUUCAGGAUUGCCGCUGGAGAUGGAGCUGGAGCUGAAUUUAUGGCCGCCCCGCCGACGGAAUCCCCGCACCUGAUGCCCGCCUUUUGGGAUUCCCCGCUCAGCCAUGGUAUCAAUGUGUUUGUGGGACUUGUGCUUUGUUUCACCAUGCUGGGGCUGGGCUGCACCGUGGAGGUGAGCCAGCUCGGGGAGCACAUCCGCAGACCCAUCGGGGUGCUGCUGGCUCUGGUGUGUCAGUUUGUGAUCAUGCCUUUGGUGGCCUUCCUCUUGGCUUUAACCUUCUCUUUGGAUGAUGUGGCUGCGAUGGCUGUUCUGCUGUGUGGCUGCUGUCCGGGGGGAAACCUGUCAAAUAUAAUGUCUCUGCUGGUGCACGGAGAGAUGAAUCUAAGGUAGAUAUUUUCUCCAUCUGUAGAAAAGCAUGUAAUCUAUAAAGUGAGUCUGUGGACGAUUCCACCAGAUUGAAAUGUGUUGUGCGCGUAAUAUUAAGGCAAUUACGCACGAGAAAACUUGGAUUUUGGAAGGCUUUACGCACGACUUAAAGUUAGACAUGCGUCCUUCGAGCCAACUACUUGGUCCCAGUGUGAGACUGUUUUCGUUAAGUUUGACUAACAUCCUCUCUAUGAAGCUCUAACAGUGCGUCUUUGCUCCCCUCUCUCCAGCAUCAUCAUGACCAUCUCUUCCACUCUGCUGGCACUCGUGCUGAUGCCGCUGUGUCUGUGGAUCUACAGCCGGGCCUGGAUCAACACACCUGUGGUUAACCUCAUGCCCUUCGGGGCCAUCAUCCUGACCCUUUGCAGCACCCUUAUCCCGAUCGGUUUAGGAGUGAUGCUGAGGUAUCGCUACACGCGGGUGGCCGAUGUUGUUUUGAAGGUAAUUAAGGAGUUCUUUCUAAGAGUUACUUUUGGACCAAAUGCGUCACUUAUAAUUAUUACCUUCUGCGUCAUUUGGAUCCGGAGCACUUUCUGCCAAGAAGCAUAUUUGCGCAAAAGCGCACUGCGUAAUUAUCCUUGCCCGUCACAGAUGCUGACGGCAGGAAAAGUGACAUCAGUGGUAGUGUGUCCGGAAGAGCUCCUCCUCCUCAUUUCUGAUAAAAGCAUCACUUAAGGCAGGGCCACGUCAGUGACAAAAGACAGAACCUGGAGCAGGAAAGAUGCCCUGAUGUGGAUCGCAGUGCUCUGUGCAAAAAGUCAAUUCUGCUCUUAGGUUAAAAAUUAAAGUUUUUCAGAGGAUGCACUGUCUUUAUACAAAGUAUACAAAGUUGGCACCUAUCACCUUUUAAUGAUAAAGAGCAUCAGUGUCUGGCCUUAAGUGGGCAUGAUGUGGAAAAUUUAUGGAGAGGGAAAAUGCUACAAUAUCUUUUCUGAUAAUGAUUAUAAUCUUUACCACUUUCUUCCAGACUCUAAGCAGAAGAUAUCUAAAGUCUUCUUCCACAUUAAUCCUAUUCAUCCUGAUUCUUUUCCAGGCCUCUCUGUGGUCUCUGCUGAUCACUCUUGUGCUGCUCUUCAUCCUCACUGGAGCAAUGCUAGGACCUGAGCUCUUGUCCACCAUCCCGCCCUCCGUGUACGUGGUGGCUAUCCUUAUGCCUCUGUGUGGCUACGCUGCAGGUUACGGCCUUGCUGUCCUCUUUGACCUGCCCCCAAACAGCCGAAGGGCUGUCUCCCUGGAGACCGGCUGCCAGAAUGUGCAGCUGUGCACCGCCAUCCUGAAGCUGGCCUUCCCCCCUCAGCUGAUGGGAGGGAUGUACAUGUUCCCCCUGCUGUAUGCCCUGUUCCAAGCAGCUGAGGCUGGUAUCUUCAUCCUGGCCUACAGGGUAUACAGGAAGAAGGUCCUACAGAAACCUGAUCCCAUGCGGGACAACGAGGACACAGAUAUAACGUACCAGAGGUUUGAGGAUGAGGACUUUGACUCUUCCUAUGGGGCUGUGACAGUGAGCAACCCAAACAACAUCAUGCUGGAUCCCUGCCCUCCUGAUCCAACUCCUGUUUAA